CAUAUCAGACUUCAUCAAGUCCAGCUCCAGUUUGUCUUUGCUCAUGAUCUCAUUGGCUUGGAUCAGGUAUUCUUUCUCUUGUUUGAGUUCAUUCUUCAGUUUGUCCAGGUCUUGAUUUUGCACAAAGAGUUUUACCUUUUGAUUCUCUAUGUCUUCUUUCUCUUUCACUAUUUUUGACCACAGAUUGUCCAGCUGGAUCUUUCCAUUCUGUAGUUUGUUGUUGAUUGAUAUUUGGUCCGUAACUUGAUUAUGGUCUGCCAGCAUGUGUUUCAGUUCAAGUAACAUUUUCUGCACACUUUCAUUGUUGGUUUCUAAAUUGACCAAUUUAUUGUUCGUAUAUUCUAGUUUCUUCUCAUUUUUUUCCUUCCAUUCAUCUGUCAUUCUUUUGAUAGAUAGUAUGUUAGUCUGGAAUUGAUCUUCCCACACCUUCUGCUCAGAUUGCAGGUGUUCCAGUGUUUCCUUGUCUUUGGCAUGCAGUCUUCUUUCACUUUCAAAAUUAUCCUUCAAUGUUACUAGCUUUUCCAUUUCUUUACUCAUUUUUGCAGUGGCAGAUGCAAACCCAUGUCUUUCCUUGUUAUGUUCUUGUCUGAUAACAUCCAAGUCCUCCUUUUGUUGCUUUAACAUGCGUCUGUUAUAAUUUAGGUGAUCUCUUUUCAUUUGAACAUCAACAUUUAAGUCUUGAAUACUUUUCCUCUCUUUCUUUAUUUUUUGAACUAAUUUGCCCAUUUCUAGUUUAUUAUUCCUCAAUGUAUUUGCCGUGAUUUCAAGGUCAGUAUAUCUGUCUUUAACCUUGCGUUGAUUUUCUUCCAGUGUGAUCAUUUCCUUUUUCAUAUCAGACUUCAUCAAAUCCAUCUCCAGUUUGUCUUUGCUCAUGAUUUCCUUGGCUUGGAUCAGGUAUUCUUUCUUUCGUUUAAUCUCAUUCUUCAGGUUGUCCAGGUCUUGUUUUCCCACCAAGAGUUUCACUUUUUGGUUCUCUCUUUCUUCUUUUUCUUUCGUUAUGUGUGACAGCAAAUUGUCCAUCUGGAUCUUUUCAUGCCAUAUUCGUGCGGUGGUGAUUGAUAUUUGGUUCCUCGCUUGUCUCCAGUUGGCCAGCAUGUGUUUCAAUGAAAGCAACAUCUUCUGCACACCUUCAUUGUUUGUCCUGUUGUCGGUGUUUAAAGUAAUGAGAGAUGCCUUUUGUUUCCGAAGAUGAUCCUUUGCAUUUCCGAGAAUUUCCAUUUCCUUCCUCACCUUUUCCAGUUGUAUGUGGAUCACUUUCAUAAGCUCAUGAAGAUCACUGAAAUGUCCGUUGAUCUUUGAACUCAUGUGUUUUUCGUUUGUUUUGACCAAGAUAUUUUCGACAUUCAUCCUCCCCAAAUGUUGUAUCCUUCGGUUGCCGGGUUUGAUUCCAGUCGUUCGCUCAUCGCUAUCAUGAUGAUUCUUCUGAGGCUGCUCUUUUUGCUGUUGUUGUAGUUUGGACCUUAGAAGUUCUAAGUCAUCUCUCUCUCUUCGUAUUUUCUCCAGUCUUUUGUCCAAUUCCCUUUUCUUCUUUUUGGUUGCCAUAUCAACAAACCUUCUUUCCAUUUUGAUUUGAUUCCACCAGGUUUCUGUUUCUGUUUUUCUCAGAAAUGUCCUUAAUUCUUGUUCAGUUCGUUUUUUCUGAAUUUCAUGUAGCUCUUGUUUGGUCACUGGCUGGUUUUCAUCAACCUCAUUCGAAUUCUUUGGUAUGUCCAACUUUUGCACAGCGACUCCAACUUGAGUGUCUUUUUGUUUGUUUUUACUUUCAUCUUGAUUUUCUUGUUGCACGUCAUUUGGCUUCUCAGUUGCAUUUAAUAUCACUCGUAAGUUCUUUGCUGUCUGUUGUCUUUGGCUUAGCAGGUGAUAUAUUUCCAUUAUGAGUUUUUGAAUGUCACAACUGGUUUUCUCCACGUCCCCCAUAGAACUCUCUAUUGUCUGUCUCAGUUUCUUUUCUUGCUCUGUAAGUUUAUGGAUCUCAUUUUUAAUAUGACGGGAUUCUCUUGUCAAAUCCCCAUCGGUGUCUUGUUCUUCAUCCAAGUGUUCAAGUGUUAUAUUCUUCAAUGAGUCCAUCUUUGUCUCGUUCAGGCCUUUUUUGACAUUAUAUGUAACUGCAGAAAAGGGAUUUUGGAUUGAAGAGUCUCUAAAUUCCCAUGUAAUAUUCCGAGUCGUUAUCUGUUGAUCAAAAAAAGAUUGGAAAGGUUGGAGAUAGUUAAAGGUUCCUACCACUAUGUUACAAUAUAUUACAAUUACAAUAACAUAUGCUAUCUCUAUACUUUAGCAUGAGUUCCCUCUUGAAUUCAAUGUUGUUGUUUUUAACGUUCCUUAUCAAAGCUCUGGGACUUUCCUUGCCAUCUUGUUGACUUAUUUUGUAACCGUAUUAUUAUAUACUAAUACACAAUGUGCUCAUCAGGGCUUGGUGCACUGUGCUUUCCAGAAGGAAGAACGGAUACAAAAGCAUAAGCAAACUGGGGACUUGUACGAGUGAGCACACCAGUGAAAGAAUGCCAUCAACAUGAUCGACCUGAGUUUCCUAACAGAAGAAGAACGGGAGACUAUCCUGAUUGUGUUGAGAAGAGAUGCAGAGCUGAAGCAAGCUGAGGAGCAGCGUGUACAAAUCUUAAAGAAGACACUGAGUGACAAGAACCAGCUCAGGUAUUUGACUGGAGAAUGGUUUUACGAGACCAAACAGCACCGCCAUCAGGAUCGUAUCCAUGGCGCGGAUAUUAUCAGGGCGUCAAUGAAGCAUACGAGUAAACCACUUCAUACGUCGACUGACAGUUCUUUCCAUGAUAAAAACAACGAGGUCUUUCCCUCAUGUGGACCUGCUGGUGUCCAUUGGGAGCCACAGAGGCAAUCUGGCAAUGCAAGGUUUCCGAGUGAGAAACGACUACAAUGUGAAAAACGGCCAUUGCAACUGCCCUCAAAGGAUGGAGUUUUGCAAAGGAAAAAUCCAUUUAACUGUGAAUUCCUCACCCCUCACACCGUUGAAGAAGACACCAGUGAAUUUCAGGAAGUAGGUGAUGAAAUCAGAACAUCACAUGAUGAGCUUCCACCAUCAACUGACAGCAACAUUUCUGAAACCACUCACCUACAAUCUAUCUCUGACAAGUCAUCAGCAAACCAGGAGGCACUUGAAAACAAAGCGUUCAGUUCUUCUUCUCAGGACUACUUUCUAGAGGAAGAUGCACACAUCUGCUCUGCGGGUCUUCGAGGCAUCCUCAAGUCUCCAUCAAGCUCCACAAUCUGUGACAUAGAACCACAGAAUUCGGUUAUCACAGAUAUCAACACUGAAACCUGGAUGGAUGGGAAAAAUGUGAGGUUCAGCCCCAUACUUUUUCAGAAGGAAAUGAUGCAAGAUGGAAAGGAGCUUGGAGAGUACAGAAUGCUGGACUUUGACCUGACUGAUCCUUCUGAUACUCAAAAUGAGAGCAAUCUCGAGAACAAUAACAGAGGCGCUGGCAAACCUUUACUCGAACAGAAUGCCAUUGAGUCAGCGGAGGCUGAACUCAAGUGCAUAGAACGUCAAACGCAGGUUUGCGACCAACACAAGGUUAUUAUCGAUAUCACUGAGAAUGGUGAACAGGGUUAUUCCCCGAGCGUAUCACAGUCCUCACCUUCGUCUGAACCUGAACAAGAGAAGUCUUUCAAUUUAGUCUUGGAAGAGGUUCAUCACUCUCAGGUUGCAGACUGGCCAGAACAGAAAGCUCUUCAACCAGGCUCUGUCAGUUCUGAUGCGGAGAACAAGCCAUUGACAAACAGCGUUUCCCCAAAGCCUAGACGGACGCUCUUUGGGAAUAAUGACGCUGAAAGACAACAGGAUGUUUCGAAGAUAUCUGAAAUAAACACACCUGUAAAUACUUUCAAUCCGCAAAUACAGCUACUGCAAUGUAUUAUGGAAACGGUUUCUACUGUCAAAGAAGUAGCUAAAACUGUCAAAAUGGACGAGAUUACAGUACCUCAAUUUACGACAGAGAAGCUCAAAGACAAAAUGAGCUCAGGAACUCAAAACCCUGUUGGGGCAUCGUGGGAGAGAAAAAUACCAAUCGAACAACAAUUAAACGAAGACCUCAUCUUGACAGUAUUACAAGUUCCACACAGCACUCAGAAUGUUCAGAUAUAUUCUAUGGAGAGCAGCAAAGAACGUCUCUCACCACAAACAGAAAUAAUGAUCGAGAAAACUGUGACCAAGUCUUCACGGAGUCAAUCUGGCAUCACAGAAGAUUUAGUCAUAGGGGAAGAAUUGCCCAUUAGUCCUUGCAAAUUCCAAACUCCAAGCUCUAAAACGUGUCACCCCAGAGUCCUACCAAGGGAAUCCUCAAGUCCUAAGAGAUCCAGGAUUCAAGGCUCUCCCCUGAGGACAUUUUCAAUAGACAUUGAACCGCAAACUAAUGUUGAAGCUGAUGAGCAACCUGAAAGACCAAUGCCGAAACAGAAGAAAAGUCAGCAGACGCUGCAGAAGGACCCCGUUCUUACCGUUCUUAAUGACGUUCCCCCUUUACAAUCUGUAAAAUCAGUCACCGAAGAGGCUUACACAUUGAAUGACAAGAAUAGAAAACCGGAAGAUUCACCAUGUCUUGCCAGGUCUGCGAUCCCUCAAGAUUAUCAACACUAUCUUGGGCCUCGUGAAAAAGCCCAUGUUCCACCUUUUCAAGGUGAUGAAGUUGCUCAUCAGUCUAAGAUAAUCACAAUGGAAGACCAAGACCAAGGCAACAAUCCAAUUCACUCAAGAUUGUGGAUUAUUCAAAGUAGAAGUGAAACCUGCAGCCAGCAAACAUCAACCAUGUCCACGUCUCUGGAAAGUUCAGCCUGUUCUGGUGAAUCUCAUUUUAUUAACCUCUCUGAUGUGAAACCAUCUCCAAGAUGCUCCAAGAGUCUGGACGACCUAUACCAAAAAAGGGAAGAGACGAGUAUCGACAACCCAAGAGAAGAAAUGAAUCAAAGUAUGAAUGAUGUUCCUUCUUUUUCACUGUCAACCUCGCCAAUCAAACCACAUCAAACCCAAACCAAGCGAGUCCAAACCAGCGUGUCAUCUCCUGUCCUUCAGCAGAAGGAGGAAGAUAGCGACAGCCUUUUUGAGACCACAUUCGACAGUAGAAGAAACACAGGAAGUUCCACCUCAAAUAUAAGUUUUGCCUCUGAGAUGUCCUCCUUGCCAUAUGCCAGUGGCAGCACCAGGAGCAUAUAUGCUCUUGAUUUUAGUGCAGUUGAAGUCCAAGGAAGCAUACACUACGCCGUGAACUACAUUCAAAAGCUUCAAGAAUUUCAAAUCUUUGUAGUGCUCUGCAGGGAUCUAGCUGUGGCUGACACCAAGAGGCACUGCGCUGAUCCGUAUGUAAAAUGUUACCUACUCCCUGACAAAACCAAACUGGGAAAGAGGAAAACCAAUGUUAAAAAACGGACUCUAAACCCUACCUUCAAUGAAAUCCUUAAGUUUAAAACCAAGUUGGAAGUGUUGAAAACUCAGAGUCUUUACGUCUCUGUGUGGCACAACAACACCUUUGGUCGGAACACCUUCUUGGGUGAAGUGGACCAGGAUAUGUCAGGAUGGGACUUAAGCAACACUCGGAUAAAUGAAUAUGCAUUAAAAGCCAGGGUGUCAGGACAGAACUCAACGCCUUCUCCUUUAAGUUUGCCAGACAGCCGAGGACUGAUGACGGUAUCUUUGAGGUUCCUACCACAAACAUCUCACACAGGUAAGAAAACGGAGAGCGGUGAGGUGCAGAUUUGGGUGAAAGAUUGUAAGAAUCUUCCUUCAAACAGAGGAUCUACAAUGGAUCCAUUUGUAAAAUGCACUGUACUUCCUGAUCUGAACGGAAAAAGCCGACAAAAGACCCGCGUGGUGAAGAGAACAGCCAACCCGAUGUUUAACCACACGAUGGUGUAUGACGGUUUCCGACCGGAGGACCUUAGAGAGGCCUGUGUGGAGAUUACAGUGUGGGAUCACGACAGGUGGAACCACCACUACAUUGGCGGGAUCAGACUUGGACUUGGAACAGGGAAGAGUUAUGGAAUUGAUGCGGUUUGGAUGGACUCCACCACGGAGGAAGCUAAUUUAUGGAAGAGGAUGUUGCAGUCGGAUGGCCAAUGGGUGGAAGAUAUUUUACCUCUGCGAAUGCUUGUGAUCACAAAAUGCCGAUCAAAAUGAUCAUGUAUCGAGAAUGCAUCAUUAACUGUAGACUGCGUACCAUUACACACAUUAUGAUAAAUACGUGUCAGCUAAUGAAAAUGUAGUCAUGUAAGUCACAUACACAAACCUUUUAUACAUACAGUAUGUAGCUACGUAUAGUACUGUGCAAACAUUUCAGAUUUAAGAUCGCCAUUCAUUUUAUUAUUUUAAUGUACUUUUUUACAGCAAUCAUUUUGACACAAGACGUUGCUAUGUAGUAUUCUACACUGGUCAGUAAUGUAACUGUAAUGUUCGGUGAGACACACAAGCACCAGAUGUGGUCAUCAGAACAACAGGCUUUUAUUUACAGGUUUGAAUGAUCUCACAACAGCCGCAAUAAUCCUUAAUAAAAACACAGGCUACUGUUGUGGCUGACGUCA